AAAGCGAGGCUUUGCGUAUCGGGGUAGCCAAAAAUCAUUCUACCAUUUAAGACAACACCUUGCUACUGUGUAAAAGUAUAUAUAGUACCUACAUUAUUUGUAUAAUUUAGGCGAAGGCUGUUCGAUAAUGUCGACAUUAAUACGCCACAUUUAAUGAGGUUAUUGCUACAUAGGCCUAUAGGUCCAAUGUCAAAUUUUCGAUCGCAAAGGCCGGAUCGCGCUGGAAAACAAUAGUACAAGGAUACUGGAAGAAUGGUUAAAACAAGAAAGUUGGGCACGGCCAAAACACAAAAACCUCUUUUGAUUGGGGUUUUUGUCUUAUUGUACGUAUGUGCUAUUGGAACGUUUGUGAUGAUAGUGGAUACGGAGUGCCAGUACUUCACAAAUAAGCAUUUAAUAAAAACAUUCAUGAAAAUCCAAGAGUUGCAGUUGAGAAACCAGCUAAAGAUGGAGAGUCUGGAUGCAGCACCCACUCCUUACAACAUCAAAACACCACAGAAGAAUGAUGUGUUGAACUUUGCUCUUCAUUUAAAAGAAAGUUCUAAGAAGAUUGAAGGAAAGAAACGAUUAAAAUUAGACUUCAAAAAAUCGAAGCGAAAGAUAAUCGGAAAUACCUUAUCAAAACAUAUUGACAACCUCCAGGUGAACUUACUCAGAGAUCGCUUACGAGUGAGUGGUCUGUCUCUUAACGAAAUGCUAUACCUCCAUGGUUCGAACAACAUAAAUCGACCACCCGAACAUAAAGCUUUGAAAGCGAAGACACAUGUUUCUGCGAAGAAGCUGUUUGACACCUGUGCAGUGGUUUCAAACAGAGACGAUCUACGGCAAAGUAAAUGUGGCGCGGAGAUUGACGCCCACGAUUAUGUUAUGCGUUCGAACAUGGCGCCAACGCAAGGUUUCACAGACGACGUGGGAAAUCGGACCGAUUUUAUGGCAGUUCAUCAAACGCGAUUUUUAGACAUUGCAAGAUGCAUUCAAAAUAAAUACAGUUCCUGUCAUGAGAGUGCCAAACGAGAAUUAUCAGAUCUCGGUGAUGCGAACAUGUGGAUUGUUAAACAUGGCGGCAUUAAUCCUAAAUCUUUUGAUCAGAUUGCAAAGUUUGCCAGAUACAACGCCAUAGACCUGGUUCUAUCUUAUCCAAACAUGAAGUAUCUUAGAACAACUAUUUCAAGCUUCUGGGGUUUCAACAUCGAUGUCUCUUCAAAUGGAAUAUUCCUGUUUACUGUCGCGGUGCCAUUAUGCAAGAAAAUAUCGCUGUAUGGAUUCCAGACUUCGUCUAUGAAAAAUAGCUCUAAAGGCAACCCAUACUUCAUGGACAGUCCUCUGCAAGAGUUUAAUCAGAAAAACGUACUGAAACGAGAACUGAAACAAUUACAAAGUUUGAAUGCAACACGUACUCUAAGACUCGUAUCCCUGCCAUGCUCUUUAUAAAUGUGAAUUUUCUUUUCUUUUGCUACACAGAGCGCUUGAUUUCGAGAUAGGCUCUAGCCCACCACCUGGAGUGGCUCUUGUCUUUAUUUUGGGCAAUUUCCCGCAAGUGGGAUCUCUCAUUGUUGGUUGAUAGAGGACAAACGAAAAUUAGGCUUAUUAGAAAAAGUAAUACAUGAGAUGGACGAAUCCUUUUUCUCCAAACAGUUUAAUUUUUUCCAAAAAUAACGAACAAGUUUAUCAAUACAUGAAUGAUCAACAAAUAAUAGAUAAAUUUUGAAUAAAGUGGAUUUAAUAUCAAUAAAUUCAAUUUCAUUAACAAAUACAAUUUCUGGUCUGGGAGACAUCUCACCUUAAAACAAAAAUAAAAUCGUUUUUCUAAUCACAUCAAAAUCUUUCUCAUCUUUGGUAUUUUGUAUUCAAUUUUCACAAUCUUUCUUCAGUUAUAUAUAAGCCAUAUAAUAAUUAUUACCACGCUUUUAUUUUUUUAUUUUAUUAGGCUAGUUGCAAGUCAUGCAAUUUUAAAAUGAAACAAAAACAAAAUAAGAGGAAUAUAGUAACCGUCAUUAUGACUGACACGGAUUGCAAACAUGACAAGAAAGCGAACAUUGGGAAAGUGGGAGGAAGAAAGGAGGCAGGUAUGGUGUACAUGUAUAUAUAUAUAUAUAUAUAUAUAUAUAUAUAUAUCAUAAAUACAUAAACACACAUAUAGAGUAUAUAGCAAAUAUACAAAAAAACAGACAUGAAACUAAAUGCCAUUAUUAAAUCAAUGCUAAUUUUCAAAGAUGUUAUUUUUCUGUACAGUUCGACUAUAGUACAGAACAGUACUAUAAUUAUUUUUUGUAUAUUAAUACACAAUUUAGUCCAUGGAUAUGAAGUAUUGUGUUCAUUUUACAGUAUUUUGUUUUCAGCGAAAAUGCAAAUUACAUUGCGAGCAGCCACUCUGAUCAUCAGAGUCAUAAUAGAUAUGGAGAUACACUGAGUUUGCAUUAUGCUAUUAUAUUCUACACAGAAAGACUAUGGUCUACUAAGGGUGAUGUAAUUAUAGUGAUAUGGGUAAUACACAUUAUGAUAUACAGUAUAUUACAUACUAAAAUAUGCAGUAUAUUACAUUUGUCAAAACUACUCAUUACAGAAAAUUAAUAAAUAUUAUUGUUAUUAUCCCUAUAACAGAUUUGUUCCAAAGAAAAAGAAUUUAAAUUAUUAUUAAGAAUUAUCAGUAUUACAUAUAUAAGGUACUUCAAGUUAGUGAAGGAUUCUAAAAAAAUCAGUGAUUACUAAAAAAAUUAUAUUACUACACAGUGAUUUUAAUAUGGAUGUUUAUUUGUUGUAUUAGUAUAUGAAAAAAUGUUCUUUUGUUUUGUAGGCUUCCUUUCAUGAAAUUUGGUGGUACCUUUUAUGAAAUGUCAG